CAAAAUGAACGCCCUUAACCUGCAAAAUAAAAAUGGAAGUUCCUUAGCUACACGAAUCUGAAAUCCCAGCUGGCAUGUGUACACAAUGGCUCAUUUCAAAACACCUUUCCCGCCAUCAGGAUUUCAUCUUUGUUAUAUAAAAGCAUUUGAUCUUCGUCUCCUUCUCCGGCGAGCGCGAUGGAGGUGUCCCUGCCCGUCCCCGCUCACGUGCGGCGUCAUCUUGUAGAGUUCCUCGUCGAGUCUUCUUCCCUGCAACUCUUGGCUUCCCCGAUCGUCAAGUACACCGCACUCUCCUUCUUCGCCGAUCGCUUCCUCCCUUCCCUCCCCUGCUUCUUGCAGGGCAACACGAACCCAAACUGGCUCUUGAACCCUCUCCGAGAGAGCAAUCUCCAGCUCUUCGCCCUCAUCUCCAUCUGGAUUUCGAGCAAAAUACAUGAUACUCGCCCUCUCUCCGUCACUAGUCUCAAGUCUUUGGGUGAUAACCUCAUUGUUGAUCAGCACUUCACUACCAGAGAUUUUGCAAUAGCUGAACUGGUGUUUAUGGAGGUGUUGAGGUUCGAAAUUGGAGCUUCACAGAUUGCUUUUCAAUUCCUGGAAGACCUUCUCAUUCAGUUUAGGGAGCUAUCAAGAAUUGGGGAGCUUGUGAGCUUUCAUCUCUGCACAGAGAUUAUGGAUCUUCUAUAUGAGACAGAAGAGAUUUCAGAGCUUUUCUUUACUCCCUAUGCCCUUGCAGCAUCAGUACUUGUAACCGCAUAUGUUCUGUCAGUCCCCAAGCAAGAAUGGGAGUUUCCUGUUCUUCCAUGGGUUAAGUUCGUCACCUCUUAUGAGGAAGAAGAUAUUGGAGAAAUGGUUGCACACAUUCUCAAACACAUAUUGUGCCCUAAGAUGCCAAUACAAUGAACAACUGGAGAUGCCUCAAUUCAGCUUAAAUGAGUUUAGUACCAGUCAAUGUGGUUCAGACUGUAGUAUAUGAUUUUCAAAGGAGUCUCCAUUACUUUACUGCAGUACUCACUGAUGAAAAGAUCUUGAUAGUAGAGUGAGAUGAAGCCAAACUCCGAUACUUACAUUUUAUCUGUUUUUCUGUAGAUGUUUCAAUCAGUGUAAAUCGUAUUUCAUCAUAUUUUCACUUGUGAGUUGUGACAGUGAUGGAUGAGCAGCAUCCUCCAUAUCUUACUCUUUCAUCAAACACAAACAAUUACUGGUGAAACCAGUAGCAAUAUAAGAUAUAUCUAGCUCUCCUCUCCAAUGAUUUUUAUUUGGUUUAGUAUGCAGACUCUGAAUGAGCUCAAAGAUCACUAUCAUGCUGUUCAAUACAUGCGAUGAAAGGAAGCAUAUCGACUAUUAAGAAUUGCAUCACUUGUCAUUUCUUUGUAAAUUUUA